CAUAUGUAGAACAUGCCAAAGCGUGUAAUUUGGAUAGAUAGCGGGCACGAUAACAAGCUGAUUCCUAUCUAAACUGUAACAGGUGCACAGCAGCGUUGAGCAGUCGUCGCUUUUGUUGCCGAGAUAAAUUCCAUUGAUAAGGGGCCUUCGGGAGAGCACGUUACAAUUGAUGAACGUGACGACGACAGAGGCGACUGAAGCGACAGCGACAGCGACGGCGACGGCGAAUACGACAACGACAACGACAACUGAGGCGGCGAAUACAACAACAGCGACUGUUGCGCAGCUCAGUGAGUCGCCAUCGCUGCUCUGGAGCAGCCGCGCCACAUCCGCCGCCUCAUCCUGGCUGCACGAACUCGCCCAGCCGGGCGAGCAUGAGCCGACAUCUGCACUCCUCAACUACUGCAAACGCAAGUUCCUGCGUCCCUAUGUGGCCAUACUGACCCUCGUCGGCCUCAAUCCCAUCUCCACGGACAUGAGCAAUGUGCGUGCCUGCUGCAGCUAUGUCCAAGCAUUCAUGGUGCUCUGUGUGCUGCUCGUUGGCUACGUGCUUCGCUAUCUAUGUGGCUAUCGUGGAGAUCGAGGCUUCAGCAGUUAUCGGGACAUACGACCCGGCAAUGGCACUGAUAUUUGUGACUCCUCCUCUGGAACAACAUCUUCAAAUACCAUUGGGGAGCUGCUCUUUGGCUAUGUGGUGCCCAGUGUCCUGAACUUGAUGAGCUUCGUCUCCGCGGUCCUCGUCUGCAAGGUGAUCGAGCAUGAGCAGUUGCAGAAUCUCAUCGAGCGUGUGUUCCUGAUCUCUGCCAAGCCAAAGCGUCUGUGCCGCAUGCUAUGGUUCUAUCUGGGCGUGGCUUUGAGCCUUCUACUGCUGCUCUUUGGCUACGCCUGCUGUGUGGUCAUCAUGCAGCCGGCACAGAUCGUCAAGGUGGCCUGGCUAGCCGAUGCUCUUCGCAACUGGGAGCUGUGCCUGCGCAUUGGACUGCUGUGCACCAUAUUGCUGCAGGAUCUGGUGGAGAUAAUAAUACUGAGUAGCUACUACAUUGAAUGCUAUCUGCUACGUGUCCAUCUGGAGACAUUGUCCCACAAGCUGCUGAUGCACUCGAUAGACUCGCUGGACUGGAUGAGGGAGAUCCUAGAGUUUCGAAAGCUGCUGGAACGGGUCAAUCAGCAUGUGUCCAUACCCGUGUGCUUCCUGAUCGUCAUGAAUCUGGCCUAUGCAUUCGCUGGUCUCGUCUAUCUGUUCAAGGACUUUGAUUUCCAUUACUGCGCCCUCAAGCUCGUCCUCUUGAACAUCGCCAACGUGAUGUUGUGGCUAUUCCUGGGUCUCUUGCCAUUCUUCGUGGCCGGCUCCGUGACACGCGUCUGCCAGAACGCCCAGGCCAAUGGCCAUCAGAUACGCGUCCGUCCAUUCGUGUAUCACAACACUUCCGCCGAGGAUCUCAACUCAACGCUGCUGUUCGCCUCCUCCCUGGACAUGUCCGCCAAGCUCUUUCGCAUGCCCAUCCAGUCCAACUAUCUGUGCUUUGCCAUACUCGUGGUGACCAUUGUGGUGCUCACCCUGGGCAUGUGUCUCAAUUUGAGUGCCUUGGGCAAGUUCUGAGUACAGUGAGUACUCGCACAAGCGCCCAGAACACAUUAACUUACUCAACAUGCUGUUAACACAUUUGUACUUAGCUUUAAUAAAGAUUUAUCUAUAGUA